AUGGGAAAAGGACGAAGGCAUAAGCCGAAGAAGAAUUUUGCAGAAAAACGACGUGAAAAGCAAAAAAAUAAGGAUGUAUGGGAUAAAAUGCCUCAAAGAUGCUAUGCUGAUAUCAUUAGAGAUAAUAAGGAUUUUGAAAAUUACUACAAAAGUCAGAAGAUUGUUCCUGAACCUGAGUGGGAUUCAUUCAUGGCAACAAUGAAGGAGAAUCUUCCUGUUGCAUUUCGCAUAACGGGUUCUAAGGCUGAAACAAAGGCCUUGCUUGAAAUUAUUAAGGGAGACUUCUUUGAGGAAAUUCUUAAUACAAAAUUAGAAGAUGGGCAAGAAGCUGCAAAAGAGGAAGAGAAAAUGAAGCCGAAGUGCUUACCAUUUUAUCCUGAUGAACUUGCUUGGCAGUUACAGUUAACGAGGAAGGAUAUCAGGAGGUCCGAAGCUUAUUUUAGAUUACACAAUUUCCUGAUUGCAGAAACUAGUAGUGGAAGUAUCAGCAGACAAGAAGUAGUUAGUAUGAUUCCUCCACUAGUGCUUGACGUGAAACCUCACCAUAAGGUUUUAGACAUGUGUGCUGCACCAGGUUCAAAGACGGCACAAUUAAUUGAAAUGAUACAUGCUGACGAAGGAGAUACACAUCCUGAGGGUUUUGUCAUAGCCAAUGAUUUGGAUAACAAUCGUUGCUAUAUGCUGGUACAUCAAGCUAAAAGACUAAGCAGUCCAAAUAUUCUUAUUACAAAUCAUGACUCAUCUGUUAUGCCAAAUUUUACCGUGACGAAUCCAGACGGUAGUAAAGGAAUUCUAAAAUUCGAUAGAAUCUUGGCAGAUGUACCUUGUAGUGGUGAUGGUACAAUGAGAAAAAAUCCGGAUAUUUGGUGUAAAUGGAGUCCAGCUAACGGCAAUAACCUUCAUGGAAUUCAAUAUAGGAUAGUGAAAAGAGGAUUGGAGUUAUUAGCUGUUGGUGGUAGGUUGGUUUAUUCCACUUGUUCUCUGAAUCCCAUAGAAAACGAAGCCGUUCUACACAGACUUCUGGUAGAAACAGGCGACUCCGUCCAGCUGGUUGACGGUCGAAAUUUAGUACCAGGUCUCAAUUGUGAUCCUGGAGUAACACAUUGGUUACCCGCCUCAAAAAAUCUUCAAUAUUACAAUUCUUGGGAAGAAGUUCCUGAACAAUGGCAGACACAAGUUCGUCCACAGAUGUUCCCACCGAAGCCCGAAGAUGCUCAUAAAUUUCAUCUGGAGCGCAGUAUGAGGAUAUUGCCACACCAUCAAGACACAGGAGGCUUUUUUGUGGCUGUACUGGAAAAGGUAUCAGCCUUACCUUGGGAGAAUCAAGAGUCUAUUAAUAAGUCUGCAGAUAAACAAAUCAUUCAAGAAAAUGCGAAUGAACUGAGUUUAGAGGAAGAAGUUGAGAGAGAAACGAAAACACCGGAUGAUAAGAAGAGGCCUUUAGAUGAGGAAGAAAAGAAGCCAUGGGGUCCACAAAGAAAACGGAAACGAAUGGUUGGAUAUCGUGAAGAUCCCUUUGUAUUCUUUAAAGAUGAAAACGAAGAUGUGUGGCCAUCCAUUAAAGAAUUCUAUGCGAUAUCGGAGAAAAUGGAUCCUCGUUGUCUACUCGUGAGGUGUCAAGAAGGCAAAAAAAAGAAUAUAUAUUUCACGUCACCCGCAAUUCGCGAUAUUGUUUUAUCCAAUGAGAUCAAAGUGAAGAUGAUCAAUACGGGCGUGAAAACAUUUGUUCGUUGCGAUAAUAAGAAUAUGAAAUGUGCGUUCAGACUCGCACAAGAAGGGAUGCGAAGUAUUUUCAAUUACGUGGGAGAUUGUAGGAAGGUUCAUAUAACAAAAGAUGACCUAAUCAUGCUCUUGCAGAAUGAUUACCCACACACGCCUCCAGAGAUUGUAAAGCUCAGUCCAGAAACGCAAGAACGCGUUAAAGACUUUGCUACUGGGAGCUGUAUGCUAUUGUACAAGGAGGACAAAUCGGACAACCCUUUGAACCUUGAAAUGGUUGGGUGGAGGGGUACGAUGUCCUUAAGGGCGUAUGUUCCUAUUCAUGACGCUGUUCAUUACCUGAGGUUACUAGGCGCCGACUGCUCCAAAUUCGAGAAGAACAAGUUUAAAGAGAAUCGAGAUGCUGUAGCGAUGAAAGUAGAUAAUACCGAGGAAAAUAUUCUCAAUGAAGAGAAAUUGGUCGGAAAUGGGAUUGAAAUAAAGGGAGGGGCUGACCACGAGGAAAAUACAAUGAAACCGGAAAUUACGAAGGAAACCACAUAAAGGGAUUUACAGGCUUAAUAAAGGUACGAAUUGGUGUAACGAGAAGAGAAUCAACUCCCACUUUAAUUAUCCACUUUUUUUCUAUGAAAUAAUUGAUUUAAGAAAUUCCCAUUACACUUUAAUUACUAGAUACUUAAUCGAUAUCGGUUUUGAGCGUAGAGUACCCUUUCAAAGUUAUUGUUCGGCCACCAUUUCUCAGCAACGCCGUAAAAAGUAGAAUCCAAAUUUCUAAACUUAUGUGCUACGAGUACGUAUAAACAUGGCCGGAUGCGAAGGAAUCAUCAUGAGACUGAGACGGCUAAAUACCAUUGGACUUUUGUCAGCUGGACAUCUUAAGAAGAGAAACUGUAGGAUACCGGAAGCUGCGAAUACUCGAUGUCGUGACUGGGUCCAGCUAACUGAAAAAUGACUAUGUUAUUCGAAUUAAUAUGAUGCGUGACAAAAGGACAUUUGUCCCUUGCAAUAAUUCUUACACGGCAUAUAACACUGUACCGGAAACUCAACUACGUUGUCACGCAAGUUUAUGCUUUUUCCCAAUCUAAUUGGGAAUAACGUGUUCCUACGUUUAUCUGGCGUCAAUAUUAGAAGGACGGGUUUUACUAUAAAAACAUCUAAAUAUACGUACAAACAUGAAAAAAGA